AUGCUGAACUGGGAAUCAGAAUUUAAGAAGAAAAUAGCCAAAUACAAACCAUGGGACAAGUGGACGUUGACCAAAGACCUUGAAAACAGCCAGGUGCCGCAUGGAUGGCAUUGCUCCGAGCAGAAGAACCUGUUUGCCAGAUCCCAGAAUCCUUGCCCCUGGGCCUACGGCCUGGGACGUCUGGAGCUGAAGUCCAGCGACAUCCUGAGACCUACCAAAUAUGAAGAGCCCAAAUUUACUGAGGAGACCAUCCUCAAUGUCUUGGAGGACUUGGUCUUCACCAUAAGAAAGAGGUGCUACCAAGAUCAUGUAGAGGACGGGAACCCCCAGGAGGUCGUCCGCCAGAGUGGUGGCGGCCCACAUAAAGAGGAUUAUUGUGAAGCUUGCCAACUGGGAAUCCACAAGGGGCAUUCUGAGACCCUUCAAGAUGGAGUCCCCCAAGACAGGACGUCCCCUCUGAAGCCCCAACACAAGGAGCAACUCACUCGGUCUCAAAUU